AUGGGUGCUCGACUGUUGACUGCGGUCGGUGCCUCGACUUUGCUUGUGGCAUUCGCCCUCCUCAUUGUCACCUGCGCGUCCAUUCCAAACACCAGCCUGCCUCUUCUCACUGUGGAUGCUCACAGGGCUGGUAGAGGAGUGACCGACCGAGAGAUCAGGGUGCAAUUCGGGCUCUGGGGCUGGUGUCAAUAUACGAGUGAAGAGUGGGAAACGCACCCCGAAGGCUGUGUCAGAGUCAACGGCACAUCAGGCUACAACCCCGCCGUGGUCAUGCGCGGUCUGGAUCCAUAUCCUUAUUACGUGAGCACGGCCGGCGGCGAGAGAGACUUGACCUUGGGAUUCGUCCUUCCGGCUGUUGCAAUAGCCACGACUGGUGUGGCGAUGAUCCUGGCCAUAGCAUGGCUGAUCAGACGCAAUCGAAUCAUCAACCUCGCCUCCAUCGCUUUCUCCGUCUUGUCUUUCAUCUUCACCGUUGCCGCUGUGGGCUGUCGACCAUAUUUCGGCGUGUGCAGGAUGUCUGACUAUCCGAUUCGUCCACCAACGCCGCAGGCGAUGCUCCAUCGUCUCCCCGAUAAACCGGAGACAGAGCUUCAGGAGAAUACCAAACCAUCAAAGUACAUCAUUCUCAUCACAGCUUCGACAUCGGUGGCAGGCAAGGUUCAGAUCGCCAAGUCAGUCGCUACUGCACUAUCCUGUCCUCUCUUUCAAGGCGAUAGCUUGCAUGAGACGUCAGCCAAAGCCGCCACAGUAGGCAUGUCGAGAGGCUCUUCGGGAGCUGACGGCUAUGACGAAGCUGUCCGACCGAAUGAGGUGCGAUAUGAGCGCAUGUGGCUUUCCAAGAUGACCAGAACGGGUUUUUUGUUCCCCGAAGAGUCCCGGCCUGCCAAUGAAGGCUUCUCUGGCUUUGGUGGGACAACAUCGACAUCGUCGAGUCGGCGAGGCUCCUUCAGUUCUAUCGCAUCCACUACUUCGGAUGCUGCUUCGACUUCCAGCAUCGCGAGAAGCUUCAUGUCUUCAGUUCCUUCAACCACAAAAUAUGUCAAUAAGCCUGUCAUGUCUACUCCGCUUGGGGAUGAGAUCGGGCGCAAGUCAAACCCUGCCUUGAUGGUCGUCACACACCCCGAGCUAGAGACAUGGCACAAACACUCAAUAAGAAAGACCGUGGAAGAAUAUGGCAUCGGGGUUCUCUUUGUUCCUCUAUACGAGGAGGAGGAGGAGCUUCCCGUAUUGAAGCCCUUGGAUCCCAGGGUAAUGACGACUUUUGGCUCGAUUCCCCGCCCCAAAGCCGCACGGGGUUAUCUAGGCGAAGAAACAGUACUGCGAGUUGAUAUCGAAAGGAAGGUCGAAGAUAUCACUCAGGAGAUUGUGGAAGCUGCUCGGGAAAUUAUGCAGGUAUAA